CUUCCGUGGAUAUAUCCGAAUUGAGGUGUUAUAAUCAGUAAUACUGAUAUCCAUUCGACAUGGAGCACAUUGCUUCUUUAUUGAACUCAAAGAUUGAGGAUCUAGGCACUCUCCAAGAAAACCUCCAUGGAUCGAUCCUUGUUGCUUUAGACACGGAGGGCAUCACUCAGCACUUCAACGGCCGCAGGGUCCUCUGCGAAGGAAUUAGCGAGAUUGGCGUUGCAGUCUUCUGCGCGAACGGAAAAGGGCCUGACUUCAUCCCUCACUUGAAUCAAUUUUACGAACAAAAUGAUAUCGAAGCGUUCACCAUCCGAGUCCGUGAAAGAAAACAUGGUCCUGCUGUCGGUACCAUGACAGACGUAAGCGACGAUGAAGCCGGUCCCCGACUCCAGAGAUUCCUCCUGCAAUACGAGGGUAGGCGCAUACUUGUUGGCUUCAGCUUUGUAGCCGAGCUGAAGUGGAUGGCGGACGACUUCCCGGCACUGGCAACUAUGUUCACGGAAUGGGUUGACGUACAAGACCUUGUAUCAAACCAACGCAUGGAUACUGCGUCCAGCAAUGGCACCCCUCCUGAUCAGUAUGGCUUAUACAAUACAUUGAAAGCUAUGAGGAUUAGCGGAUGGCGCUCGACGCACCAGCGUCACCGCGCCGCUAAUGAUGCCGUGAAAACGCUGGCCGUCCUCUCUGGUUUGCUAAGCAACAUUCCGCUCCAAGAAGUUACGCGGGAAGCAGGUGUCUCAGUUUAUGACUCUCUUCCCCCUCUCCAUGCCGACAAACGUCAGAAAAGACAUCACAACUUCACCGCUCGCAUUAGCGCUGCUGACGGCGACAAGCUUCCUCUGCAAACACCCAACGGUCUCGCCAAACACUAUAGGAAAUAUCAAGGGCUCACUGGAGUGGGGUUUAACUCUCAAAACUCGUGUCUUGCAAGAGGUCGAGUCAAAUACUGGUGGGUGGCAUUUCGGACCCUAAAUUCACUAAACGCUUUCAUUGCGGAUAUGCACGGCUCGACCUUUGAAGACACGAAGCUGCGUGUCGUAGCGGUUGACAAGAUGAAUAGGCAGUCAGCGCAGGGGCAGUUGACUGGCUCUAUCGAAGCUGCCGGCGCCAGUUCAGAUUUACUCCUGCCUUUCGACGACUUAUCCGACUCCGUAGUACAUCCUUUCGAGACGCUGUUUAGUUAA